CUACUGAUAUCAACAGUGGCGACUGCACUUUAACGGCGUAGUAAACCGAAAUAACAAUAUGGUUAAAAAAAAGGGGGUUUGACCGGUUAUAGCCGGUGGAAAAUGGGAAAUGAGAGGGGAUUUGAAGAAGGGGAAAAAGUAUAUGAAGAGGGAUUGAAGGGGAAAAAAAAUUAAGAACACACUGCCCUUUUGCAGUGAGAGAGAGAGAGAGAGAGAGAGAGUUAAAAAAGAAAAAAAAAAAGAAAAUCAUGUCCACAUCCUCUCAAUCCCUCUUAUCAUCUUAAUCCUCGCUCAAGUAAAAUUAGUGACUAAGAAACUAGCACAGUUAUUCUCUUUUUGUUUUUAUUUUUUAAUUUUUAUUUUCUUUCAAAAACAAGUAGUAUUUUUUUAGAGAGAGAUAGAGAGUGGAGUGAUGGAGUUUGAGGAUCAAGAAGAGCACGAAGAGGAGGAAGAAGAAGAAGAAGAAGAGAUGGGAAUACCAGCGAGCUACGAUUCGUUAGGUAAUUCAUCGCGAGUCAAAAUGACAGCGAGUUCAGGAGUAACUGAAGCAGCGGCUGGAAUAACAACACCAACAACAACAGCAGCAGCAGCAGCAGCAAAGGCGAGGUAUAGAGAGUGCUUAAAGAACCACGCGGUGGGGAUCGGUGGACACGCGGUGGAUGGUUGUGGUGAGUUUAUGGCUGCUGGCGCUGAAGGUACUCUUGACGCGCUUAAAUGUGCCGCGUGUAACUGUCACAGAAACUUUCACCGAAAAGAGUUCAACGACUCAUCAACACCACCACCACCAGCACCGCAUGGUAGCGGUGGAGGAGGAGAACUGUUCUUUCACCACCCACACGCACACCAUAUCCACCACCAGAUUCCACAAUUCGCACCGUAUUAUAGAACUCCAGCUGGAUACCUCCACGUGGCACCACCACAACAAAGGCCAUUAGCAUUGCCAUCAACGUCGGGAGGAGGUCAGAGUAGGGAAGAUCAAGAGGAUGUGUCGAAUCCUAGUGGUGGUUUCGGUGGCGGUAGCGGAGGAUCUUCGCGAAAGAGGUUUAGGACAAAGUUUAGUCAAGAGCAAAAGGAAAGAAUGUUGGCACUUGCGGAAAGACUGGGGUGGAGGAUUCAGAAACAUGACGAGGCUGUGGUGCAGCAGUUCUGUAAUGAGACUGGUGUUAAGAGGCAUGUGCUUAAGGUUUGGAUGCAUAACAAUAAGCAUACUCUUGGUAAGAAACCCUAGAAAUUAUGGAAUCAAGGUGUUAAAAUGAAGUUGACUUUGAUCAGAAUUCUGCUGCAAUCUCAGGAUUUUUAGCUAGUUCUUUUUUCUUCUUGUUUUUAGGGUUCUUCUUUUGUUUAUUUUACUAGUGUUUCUGCCUUAUUUCUCUUCUUGGAGUGGAGGUGGCGGUGGGUUUAUCAAUGGGAUUAGAAUGGUGCAAUUUUAAUGGCGGAUGGUUUAAGAGUACUCUAAAGAAGAUUAAUGUUGAUGAUGGCUAGCCUAUUUUCAGUUUUUCUCAGUUCUUUUACUUGAGUUUCAGUGGUUAUUUUUGCUUUGUUUUCUGCACCGAGACAGUAGUAAGUGAGUGAGCAACUGAUGACUGCUACAAUUACUACUACUACAUGAAAAUUGGUAAGUGAGCUUUUUCUUCUUUUCUUUUAAUUCUUUAAUGUCUCAGUCUAUAUCAGUA